AUGUCCGGCAAUGUCUCAUUCGAAGAGAGAGUGAGCAGAGAAAAGAGAGGAUUAAAAUAUGCUAUGAGAGAUGUUUCGCAUAGGCCACAAAUACUGACAGUUCAAAUAUAUGACAAUUCUAUGUCUGUAGUUCUUAAAGUUUCAAGCAAUAAACAGUUUCAAUUUAACCAAGAUGAUAGCGAACAAACUGCAAGCAGUACACUAAAAAAAAAAAAUAGUGGUAUUAAAAAUCCAGUAUCAAGAAAAAUUUUAUUUGACAAUAAAUCAGAUGAUGAACGUGACAUUUUAAAUGAUGACACUGAAAAUGAUAAUCUGGACGAAGUAUUUUUGAAUAGACCAAUAGGACAAAAUACCAAUAAUGGCUCCACAAAAGAAAAAGGUUUGGCUAUACGUAAUACUAUACCUAACCCAACAGAAACGGAUCAUAAUAAUAAAAAUGAUCUAUUGCAAUCUCAAAACCAUUUAUUAAGACAUAUAACAUUUUUAAAAUAUGAGUUGAAACAAAUUUUAAACAAUCAAGCAAUAAUACUCGAUAAAUUUGACCAAAUGGAAAAAUAUUUUGAUCAAAAUUCAUUGAAUAAGAAUGUUAUGGAUAUUGAUAAUGUCGUUGACUUUAGUGACUGUCCUUUACCAAUUGAUAACAUCUAUGAUUUACAAACAUUUGAAGACAAGAUAUCUGGCGAUCAAAAUUAUAAAAAUCAAUUAGUAAGUUAACCCCAACUUAUUUCAUUAUCUAUGGUUUAUUGAUAAAGAUCAUAGGUGCAACUAGAGCUCUAUUUCUGGGUAGGCUAAAUUGAUAUCAGCAAACCCGUAGGGGCUAUAAAACUGGGUGGGCUAUAGAC